AUGGCAGAAUCACCCACUGGAAAUAGUGGAAAAAUCUGGAUCGCCAAAAGACACAAAGAUGCUGCCUAUUAUUUUCAAUACUCUAGACGCUCUUCAAGUGGUGGAAACUGGAGCUACGAAACUGUAGAGAAGCGGUUCAUCCGGAAUAACUGUGACUGGCUGAUAUGCCUUCCAGACGUCUUUACGGGAAAGUCCAUAGCAAUAUUUGAUGACCAGUUGCGUUUCGAAGUUGAGUUGGAGUUCGUGCAAUGCUUGUCAAAUGCUCACUAUCUGAAGCAUCUUUCUUCCAAGGGUUACUUCAACGAUGACCGUUUCAAAGCCUACAUCAGAUACCUCCAGUACUGGCGUCAACCAGAGUAUAUAAAGUAUGUAAAGUAUCCGUAUUGUAUCAAGGUUUUGGAGUUAUUACUAGACGAUGAGUUUGUCGAGUCACUAUCGCACGAAAUUGCCAUUGAUACGCUCUCUGAGCAAAUCACCAACCACUGGAUUUGUUUCAAAUACGAUCGGGAAUAG